AUGGCCAAGGGUGACGUUAACCAAGCCGAGAAGUCCGUCCUGGGCAUGCCCGGAUUCGUCGUCGACUUCCUCAUGGGUGGUGUUUCCGCUGCUGUCUCCAAGACCGCCGCUGCCCCCAUUGAGCGUAUCAAGCUUCUGCUCCAGAACCAGGAGGAGAUGAUCAAGGCUGGCCGUCUCGACCGCCCCUACGCUGGUAUCGGUGACGCCUUCAAGCGUACCAUCGCCGCUGAGGGUACUGCCUCUCUCUGGCGUGGUAACAACGCCAACGUCAUCCGUUACUUCCCUACCCAGGCUCUUAACUUUGCCUUCCGUGACACCUACAAGUCCAUGUUCGCCUACAAGAAGGACCGUGAUGGAUACUGGAUGUGGAUGAUGGGUAACCUUGCCUCCGGUGGUGCUGCUGGUGCCACUUCCCUCCUCUUCGUCUACUCCCUUGACUACGCCCGUACCCGUCUGGCCAACGACGCCAAGUCCGCCAAGGGUGGUGGUGAGCGUCAGUUCAACGGUCUCGUUGACGUCUACCGCAAGACCCUCGCCGCUGAGGGUAUCUCCGGUCUCUACCGUGGUUUCGGUCCUUCCGUUCUCGGAAUUAUUGUCUACCGUGGUCUGUACUUCGGUAUGUACGACUCUAUCAAGCCUGUUCUGCUGGUCGGCUCUCUUGAGGGCAACUUCCUUGCUUCUUUCCUGCUCGGCUGGACUGUUACCACUGGUGCUGGUGUCGCUUCCUACCCUCUUGACACCAUCCGUCGUCGUAUGAUGAUGACCUCCGGUGAGGCCGUCAAGUACAAGUCUUCUUUCGAUGCUGCCCGCCAGAUCAUCGCCAAGGAGGGUGUCAAGUCCCUGUUCAAGGGUGCUGGUGCUAACAUCCUGCGUGGUGUCGCUGGUGCUGGUGUACUGUCCAUCUAUGACCAGGCUCAGCUCCUCCUCUUCGGCAAGAAGUUCAAAUAG